GCGAUGCAAGCGAUCUAUUUGUUGAAGAAAGAGCUCGAGAUCGGGGGUGUUUUCUUCUGUAUUGCAGCUGCUCAUUGAUCUGUAUCCCCUGGCCUUGCGUCUCGUCGAUAGGCAAGCGUUUUCGCAGGAGGUUUGAAGUGGAGGCUGCCUCCUGGAGAACAUUGAAGCAGACGACGACAACGACGACGACGUGGAGGAAGAAACAGGGGCUGACGGGCUUCGAUUAGGUCUGCGGUGAGGUGUGCGGAAGCGAUUCGCCAUGGCGACCGGAUGGCUCAAAGGCACCGUGAAGGCGGUACCUUCGGGGGAUUCGCUGCUCAUCAUGGGAAGCGUCAAGGGUGGCCCGCCGCCGGAAAAGACCGUCACUCUAGCCGGCCUCAUUGCACCCAAAUUGGCCCGUAGGGAUGGUAGGGACGAGCCCUUCGCAUGGGACAGUCGGGAGUAUCUUCGCAAGAUGUGCGUUGGAAAGGAGGUCACUUUCAAGGUAGAUUACGUUGUGCCUUCGAUUAAUCGAGAGUUUGGGACAGUCAUUAUGGGCGGAGUGAACGUUGGAUAUGAGGUCGUCGCCAAUGGUUGGGCCAAGGUACGUCAGCAGGGAGGUCAAAACAGUGAGGUGCCUCCGGCAGUCAUGACCGAAUUGAACGAGCGGGAAAUGAAGGCCCAGACUGAAGGCCUCGGCAUUUGGAACAAGACUCCGGGUGCAUCAGAAGCCUCAAUUCGAGAGUUGCCUCCAUCUGCAAUUGGUGAUUCCGCUGGAUUUGAUGCACUCGGUUUGGUGGAGUCUAGCAAGGGGAAGGUUCUGCCAGCUAUUGUGGAAGCAGUGAGAGAUGGCAGCACUGUGAGGGUGUACCUUCUUCCCGACUUCCAAUACGUGCAAGUUUACUGUGCUGGGAUUCAGGCACCUUCAAUGGGUAGGCGUUCUCCUGUGGCGGAUACUUUUGCCCAGGAAGAGGCCAAAUCAAGGGGCGAGGAAUCGAAAACCGGAGAGGCAGGAGAGGAACCUGCAGCACCCUUGACAACUGCACAGAGGCUUGCAGCUUCCAACAGCGCUGCUUCUCACGCUGAGAUCCUUCCCGACCCUUACGCAAAAGAAGCUAAGCAUUUCACUGAAGUGCGGGUGUUAAAUAGAGAUGUGAGAAUCGUGCUAGAAGGGGCUGACAAGUUCAACAAUCUCAUUGGUUCCGUUCACUAUUCGGAAGGAGACAACGUUGUGGACCUGUCCUUGGAGCUGGUGAAGCAUGGGUUUGCGAAAGUGGUUGAAUGGUCAGCUAACAUGAUGGAAGAGGUCGCCAAGAGACGUCUGAAGACUGCCGAAUUGCAAGCUAAGAAAGAUCGUCUGAAGAUUUGGACAACAUACGUGCCUCCUGCGACGAAUUCUACAGCCAUUCUUGAUGUAAAUUUCUCCGGCAAGGUGAUUGAAGUUGUGAGUGGAGACUGCAUCGUGGUCGCAGAUGAUGCUGCACCCUAUGGAACCCCAGCAGCUGAGAGGCGUGUGAACUUGUCUAGCAUCCGGGCACCUCGGGUCGGAAAUCCGAAGAAGGAUGAGAAACCUGCGGCCUAUGCCCGUGAAGCAAAAGAGUAUCUCCGCGGUCUCUUAAUCGGACAACAGGUGAAUGUUACCAUGGAGUACUCACGGAAGUUUGGGGCCACAGAUGGUCCAACACCAAUGCCUGUCGUGCCAGGUUCCGACCGUACCAUGGACUUCGGGUCUGUAUUUCUGGUGUCGGCUCCCAAGGGCGAGGUUGCUGACUUGACGCCUGCAUCUGUCUCUGGGCAGCCACAAGGUGCCAACGUUGCGGAAAUGCUUGUGGUGCGGGGUUUCGCCACUGUGGUUCGACACAGAGAUUUUGAAGAGCGGUCGAACUUCUACGAUGCUCUUUUGGCGGCCGAGUCUAAGGCUGUUAAGGGCAAGAAAAAGAUUCAUUCGCAGAAGGAUUCACCAGCGACUCACAUUAACGACCUUUCUCUACAGGGGACCACCAAGAAAGCUAUUGCGUUUCUGCCGUUUUUGCAACGGCAAAGGAGGCUUCCUGCAAUCGUGGAUUACGUGCUGAGUGGACAUCGGUUUAAGUUGUUGAUCCCGAAGGAAACGUGUGCAAUUGCUUUCUCCCUAUCAGGUGUCCGUUGCCCAGGCAGAGGGGAGCCGUACUCGGAGGAGGCUAUCUCUUUCAUGCGCAGAAGGAUCCUUCAGAGGGAUGUGGAGAUUGAGAUUGAGACGGUGGAUAAGACUGGUACAUUCUUGGGGAGCUUGUGGGAAGGCAAAGAGAACGUUUCAGUGGCGUUGCUGGAGGCUGGUUUGGCUAAGCUUCAUCCAAGUUUCAGCACUGAUAGGACAGUCGAAGGACACUUGUUGCUUCGGGCUCAGGAGAGUGCUAAGAGUAAGAACUUGAAGGUAUGGGAGGGUUUUGUGGAAGGUCAAGAAGAGGCGAACAGAGCUGCUGCUGCUGGAGUGAAGGCCACUGAGGCAAAAGCAGUUCCGGUCUGUGUGGCUGAUGUUUUGGGUGGGGGCAAAUUUUACGUUCAAACAGAGGAGGCCAAAGUACUUAUGAUCCAGAAAACACUUGAAGGCUUGAAUCUGAAGGACAAGGCCUCGCCACCAGGCGUUUUCACUCCCCAGAAGGGCGAGCUGGUGAUCGCCCAGUUUUCUAGUGAUAACUCAUGGAACCGAGCGUUGAUUGUAAAUUCACCUCGACAAGGAACUGCAAUAACAGCGAAGUCAUUGUAUGAAGUGUUCUACAUUGACUACGGAAACCAGGAGUCGAUUCCACUUUCUAGGCUGCGACCACUAGACCCUUCUGUAUCAUCACCUGCUCAAGGCUUGGCGCAACUAUGCAGACUGGCUCAUAUUAGGGUCCCAGAGUUGGAGGAUGAUUUUGGCGAGGAGGCAGCAGAGUACCUAUCGGACUUAGUAGCUAACAAGUCUCUGCUUAUGAAGGUAGAGGACAAGGAUACUACUGGUGGCAAGGUGAGAGGAAAAGGAACAGGAACUUGCUUGAUCGUCACUUUGAUCGACCCAGCUUCGAGCAAGACAAUCCAAUCAUUGAUGCUUGAGAAUGGGCUGGCAAAGCUGGAGAAGAUCAACAGGUGGGACACACCGGAGAAGAAAAACAUCCACGCCGAGUACGAGGAGUACCUUAAGGAGGCAAAAAAGAACCGGCUGAACAUGUGGAGCUAUGGAGACGUGGAGUCUGACGAGGAGGACACGCCACGCAGGCCAAUGGGACGCCGUUAGGAUGUGUUGUAAAGGUUUCAGGAAUAGAGAUCAGUGUGUUCUGCGAUGCGGCAAUUUGCUACUGUAAGCCUUUACUUGGAAGGUCGGCUCCUCUUUCCAGGAGCAGAGUGAUAGACUUGAUUGCUUUUGCUGGGUUGUAAUUCUUCGCUCCACUGGGUAUGAUUUUUCUUACUAGUAGGAUCAUUUUGGAGUUUAAGCAGGUGCAUUCCGCAAUUAAUCAGGUCUCGUUAUCUUUCA